GCCACCGACUAAGCAGAGGCAGGCAGACAGGCGGGACUUUCAAACGCUAUUGACAGGGAACUCAGCCAAUCAACGCUGGAGGUGGGGUUGUUAUUUCUAGUUGUCACUUUCACAGCGUAACUCUUCAGACUUUCUCUUUCACAUUACUUUAUGAUUUCUGUGCAGAAAGGGGACUUCGAAUGGCAGAGGAAGUUAAGUAAAUUUACCAUAGACUGGGUAGAAAAAAAUACUUUUCGAGUUCAACGGAUUCAGCCUGCUCAUCACAAGACUGUGGGGCAUGUGAUAUAGAUUAAGUAAGCUAGCCUCGGGCUGGAGCUCACUAACCGCGAUAGAGACCACAUUAUAUUUGGUAACACAAGCCCCGCACAGGGACAAUGUAGUUAGCUUGGUGUAUACUUUGUUUUGCCUCGACGUAAUUUACGAAAACAAGCAAAGAUGGUUCACGUAUACAACUGCCACCCCUUCGCGUCCCAGCAAAUCGUGCCAACCGAGCAGGAACCGGGGUUGGUGUGCUGUGGCGGGGGUGCCCUAUUCGUGGUGUCCGCUGGAGGAUGCAAGAUCGAGGCUUUUCAACUGGGAGAAGAGGGGUGUCCUCUCAUCUGCCGCUUCGCCACUAUGGGGACAGUGCAGAGCAUCCUACACAGUGAGAUAGGGGACUACCUGGUGACCAUCGAGGAGAAGAACAACGCCCCCUACCUACGCGCCUACACCAACUGGCGCUACCAAGCGGCUGAGAAGACCCGCGUUGGCGUGCGUCUGCUCGGUCAUUUCCUGCGCGGCUCGUCCAUGCGCGGGGCUCCCAAGGAGCAGAUGGAGAUCAUUGAGAUUCCACUGUUUGAGCGUCCGCUGUGUGUGGCGUGCUGUGGGGUGACCGGAGACCUGCUGGUGGGGUGUCCUAAGAGCCUGGUGCUGUUCAGUCUAAAGAGACAGGCCCUCAACGACAAGCUCUCCAUCCUGGACUUUGAGCGCUGUCUCAUCAUCCACCUCCCGGGACUGUCGCCCCAACAGGUAGGGAUGGAUGUGGCGAUCUGUGCAGGGUACAUUGCAAUGCAGACAGAGCUGGAGGUGCUGGUGGUCAAACUGGAGAGACUUCCUGGUGCUGCUUUUACCCAGAAGUCAGCUGACAAGAAGCCCCAGGACCACAGUCUGGUCCCCCAAGAUAUGAUCACUGGAGCAGAACACGACAACGAGACGGGUUGUGUUUACACUGUGUUGUAUUCGCCAGAGGGGAGGAGAGAGGGUCUGGCUGGUCACCGUGACCAUGAUGACUUCUUCAUUUUCCCCAAGCACCAAGAGCUCCUGGGGGACAGGGCUAAGGACUGUGGGGUCAAGAUCUCCCUGGAGUGGACAGGCAUGGAGAGUGAGGCCAGGGGCAACCUCAUCAUCACCUAUAUCUUAUACAGGCGUUUUGCUCCAGACUUCUUCCAGGACUGUAGUGUUGAGGAGACCCACCUGCACUCCCUGCAGUUUCACCCAGUGUUCACCAGCAACCAGGAAGUAUGUGUGGAGGGGGGUAGAGGGGUGGAGCCGACGUGUUUGUUCUGUUUCUUCUCGCUGCCCAAGACGGGCUAUUUGUACAGCGUGAGGGGCGGGGUUCAGAUGGUCUCAGCCUAUCAGUAUCCAGAGAAGGCCCAGCAGGCCGUCCUCUCUGACCUCUUCCUCCACAUCAUCACAAAGAAUGCUCUCCAGUGCUUCUCAGUGAGGUGUGCAGCAGUGGCAGCCAGAGCUGAGGACCCUUACAUCGAUACCACCAUGAAGGCCUGUCCUCCCGUCACCAUGGAGUUGUGUGCUCUGCGUAUUCAGCAGUUCAUUGGUCUGAAGGCUCUGUGUCACUACCGACACCACGUCGUCCUGCUGACCACUGCAGAUGUGGAGACCAGGGAGGACACAGAGAGGACCGCACGCAGAGUCAUAGAAUACAAAGAUCACAAAACCCUUAGGGGGAUUUUCCUAGCAGUAGGUAUAGAGCCUUCCACCACGCCGGCUCUGAAGCAUUUUCUGGCCCACUCCUUCCUGAACAGGAAGUCACCCUUCACCAAGCCCCAGAAUCCCAGUGAGAUGGGUCACGGCUGGAACCUGUACGUGGUCAACACCGUCCCCCCCCUCCAGCUCUACAACGAGAUGGUGGAGUACAGUAAGACGUAUGAGGAGACCAACCCUCUGUCUCACAGCCGUCUGCACCUGCUCAGUGAAGCCCACCUCCUCCUGAGAGCCACGCUCCUGGACCCCCGGGUUGGAAACCCUGUAGAACGGCCUCAGACCACUGGUCAGAACCUAGCCCAGGCCCUGGGAUAUAAUACAACCCGCACCGCAGACAGACAGGAGCUGCAGCAGGCCUUCCAGGAGAGCUGUGCCCAGUUAGGAGACUGCUUCAGCAGGUUUGAUAAGCGGGACUGCCACCUGGCCCUGCCCUACUAUAAGAUGUCAGGCCUGUCUCUGACAGAGGUGAUCUCCAGGAACAGGGGUCUGUCUAACAGCCUCUGUGGCUACGGGAAGGGCUUUCUCUUCUUCCUCAAACACUCCCUCUAUGAGGAGACCCUGGAGCUGCUCACUGAGGAGACGGCCAACGAGGUGCUGGAUAUCUUCGGUGUGGCCGAGCCGUCCCAGCUUCCCCAUGUUAUAGCCAGCCCUUCCAUGGCCAGAGCUAGCCCUGACUGUGGCCUGGCCCACCUAGAGCGGCUGGAGUCCAUCGGAGCCCCCUCCGUACCCCUCACCCUGUCCAAGGCUGCCCUGGCCCUGCGUAUGGCAGACCUGCAGCUCUACAGGCAACACAUGGACCGACACACAGAGAUGCUGCAGGUGUAUGGGUUCAUCGAGGAAGCCAAGCUGCUGCUGCACGGCAGAGGGGAUACGGUGGUACCUACUCUCCUGGCUCGUCACCUCAGGGACAACCAGGACGGCCUGCUGGUGGCAGCCAUGGUGGCGCUGCACGAGAACGACAAGGUCAAACUGGACGAGGCUGACCUCUUCUUCCAGGAGCUGUGUGGGGAUGUGUCAGGGCCCCAGGGAGGCCCUCAGCUGCUGGUUGACUUCUGGGAAGCCUUGCUGAUGGCCUCGUCACAGGAAGCCGUCAUCCAGGAGCUGCUGUUCCGCCUCACCGCUGUCUACAUCGAUCGCGUCACACGCCGAGACGGCCGUGGAUUCAAACCGCUCAAGAGCGCAGACGACCUGAUUAACUGGUGUUCCCACUAUGGUGUGUUGUACCCCUGGGUCAGCAUCCUGACUCCAGCUCACUUCAACAUCAUUCCAGAGGACCUCCACAAACUACAGUCCCUGCUGUGCGGUCCCACCCUGGACGUGUCAUCCAUCCUGCCCCUGUUGGAGCAGCUGCCUGACGAGGACAACGCCGGGCUCAGUGUGCACGUGCUCUGUGCCACCAAGCUGGGUCACUACGAGAGCUCCAUCGAGAGGUUGCUAGACCGCUGUCCUCAGGCCAUCAUCCCUUAUGCUAAUCAUGAGCUGCAGAACAACAACAUGGCUCUGUGGUGGCAGAAGCUGUUCCCCGAGCUGUGUGAGAGAACCAGAGCAACACAGGGAGAGAACACCAUCCUGCUGGCUGCACUCAAAGAAACGCUGGUGGUGGUUGCCAUGGAGCUGAACCCCCUGGAGUUGCUGGACCUGUUGCCUGACGACGGGACGGUCCACUUCUUCCUGCCUCACCUGCUGGAGUGCAGCCAGAGAAACCUCAUGAUGUGAGGAGGAGGAGCCGUAGAAUUACAACUAGUAGAACUACAACUAGUAGAACAGACAUAUACAGUAGCUCUAAAAGCCAUUGUUUUAUUUCAUGGUCCAUCCAAUAUGGCAGAUUAGUUGAAUUUGACAUUUCUGCCUAAGUAGAACAGGUUAGUGUCCAUUUUAAGCAUACAUUCCAAGUGGUACGCCCAGUACAGCAACUGAUGCAACGGACCGCUGGUUUGAAUGGAAAUGUCCCUUCUGCUGAUUCUAUUUCUAUGGAGGAUCCUAAACCUGGAAGGCGCUGGACAAUCAACCACUUAGUGUGGAGUGAGCCUCUCAAAACGCUACUACUGUAGAGCCUUAUGGAAAUGGUACCCAUACAAAAAACACAGUUUGUAGUCCUAUUAGUCAAAUUAAUAUGAACAGAGAAUUUUGCUGUGCAGAGAUAUGACUAUUUUCUGAUUUUUGAAUAAGGAAAUCCUGAAUUAUUUUAAACUUUUUGUUCUUUUUUUUUUCUGACCUCAAUUUUUCUAUGACUGUUUAGUAUUGUCACGUCGCUAGUCAUGCCCUGCAGUGGUACAGUACCUCUUCUGUGUGGACUUGCGGAUACCCCUGAGACCUUUUUAUUACUGAGUAUUAGGAACUGGAUGUUGAGUUAUACACUGGACUAGACUUUCUGGUGUUCAUUGGAAGAAGAGAUAAAGAAAAGGUGGUUGAUUAACGUGGAAGGAAGCUUCUCUGAGAGGUAUAACCUCACUAUGAAACCCCGUAUAUAAUCUAUUCCCAGUGUUUGCUUUUAUCAGGUUUUUUUUGUUUGUUUUUUUGGUUCGCUGUGUUUAAUAAACGCUCUCUAAAAACA